AGAGCUGCCGUCUUUCGGUGAGUUGUUGGCAAUGCAGGGAACAAAUAUUCCCUAUAAAGCCUUUCGCCAUGAGCCUUACACAAAGAGUUAGGUUAACUGUAUACAUAAAACUUGGCUCUGGACCAAGACUUUACUGCUGAACGAGGACGAAGCGACUCGGAACAAACGAGAAACUAUCUGUCAGUUGGCCGGGAAAGCCGAUCACACCGCCCGGCUUCCGGGGAUUCAGGGGCCGCAUCGGUUGACGGCAGACGUCGGACUUUAGUUCGGGGGAAAAGGGCGAACAUCCACAUCAUUACCGACAUUCGCCUCCUGAAUUCCGCCACUUUCGACAUGUCAAGAAAGCUCCAAAGGACAGAGGUCUGCGCCGACUGCAGUGCGCCAGACCCGGGUUGGACUAGCAUCAACCGAGGGGUUCUGAUCUGUGACGAGUGCUGCUCGGUCCACCGCAGCCUAGGCCGCCAUAUCUCCAUAGUCAAGCACCUGAGGCACAGCGGAUGGCCCCCCGCACUGCUGCAGAUGGUGCAGACUCUGGCCAGUAACGGGGCCAACUCCAUAUGGGAACACAGUCUCCUGGAUCCUGCUCAGGUGCAGAGCGGUCGCAGGAAACCCAACCCCCAGGACAAAGUCCAUCCCACCAAGUCCGAGUUCAUCAGAGCCAAGUACCAGAUGCUGGCCUUUGUGCACAAGCUGCCCUGCCGUGAUGAUGACGGUGUCACUACCAAGGACCUCAGCAAGCAACUUCACUCCAGUGUUCGGACGGGGAGUUUAGAGACGUGUCUGCGGCUCUUGUCCCUUGGCGCUCAGGCCAACUUCUUCCACCCGGAGAAAGGCACCACUCCACUCCAUGUCGCAGCCAAGGCAGGCCAGAUCCUGCAGGCUGAGCUGCUAGUAGUGUACGGUGCAGACCCUGGAGCACCUGACAUCAAUGGACGCACACCCAUGGACUAUGCUAGGCAAGCCGGCCAGGUGGAGCUUGCUGAGCGGCUGGUCGAGUGUCAGUAUGAGCUGACUGACAGGCUAGCCUUCUACCUGUGUGGCCGGCGCCCAGAUCACAAGAACGGCCACUACAUCAUUCCUCAGAUGGCAGACAGAGCUCGUCCUAAGUGCCCGACACAGAGCCUGGACCUCUCAGAGCUGGCCAAGGCGGCCAAGAAGAAGCUCCAAGCGCUGAACAAUCGGCUGUUUGAAGAACUAGCCAUGGACGUGUACGAUGAGGUGGAUCGCAGAGAGAACGACGCAGUGUGGCUGACGACUCAGAACCACAGCACUCUGGUAACGGAACGCAGCGCAGUGCCCUUCCUACCAGUCAACCCCGAGUACUCGGCCACACGCAACCAGGGCCGGCAGAAGCUGGCACGUUUUAAUGCUCGGGAGUUCGCCACGCUCAUCAUCGACAUCCUGAGUGACGCCAAGAGGAGACAGCAGGGGAAAGGCCUCAGCAGCCCAACUGACCCAUUGGACUUGGGCAUCGAUGAUGACCAGCAUGACUAUGACAGUGUAGCGUCUGAUGAAGACACAGACAGUGAACUGACCACCCAGAACAACAACAACACGCAGCGCAACAACCGUGCAAAGAGUAUGGACUCUUCAGACCUGUCAGAUGGUCCCAUCACCCUGCAGGAGUACCUGGAAGUGAAGAAGGCCCUUGCCUCCUCGGAAGCCAAGGUCCAGCAGCUGAUGAAGGUCAACAACAACCUCAGCGAGGAGCUCCGGCGGCUCCAGAAGGAGAUCACACGGAUGCAGACGGAGAACAGUGCACUGCGGGGGGGCCAGCAGGCUGGGGGGGUGGCUGGCCACGGGGUAGGGGGCCCCGGUGGAGGAGGAGGGGGUGGAGGCCAUUGGCCAGUGGGGGGUAUGAGAGGAGGAAUAGGAGGAGGAAUUCUGGGUGGGUUCGGGCCAGGUGGGGAUCCCCCGGGGCUCUCAAUGCCCUCCACGGUGGCCCCCCACUCCCAUCCCCACCGGAGGGACCGCCAGGCUUUCUCCAUGUACGAGCCUGGGGCAGCCCCUGGCCCCAAGGCCCACGGCCCCCCAGCCCUGGACUCCCUGACAGCCCGCCUGCAGCCCCUCAACACACCCAGCGUGAGGAAGGGUGGUCCUGGAGGCCCAGCACCUUAUGGGGGGCAGCAUCUGUCUGGAUCUGCAGAGAUGGGCAGAUACAUGGUUCCUAAAGCAGAGAAGCACGGCAGUGGCACGGAUAGCGACUACGACAACACGCAGACAUACGACGUCUCACUAAGUAUGGGCCGCAGCAGCGAGGAAGAAGGCCGCGGGGAGUCUGAGGAGGGAGGAGGUGGAGGUAGCGAGGCGGGGGAGCCGGACCCCACCUUGCCCUGCACAGAGGACGUCAUACUGAAAACGGAGCAGGUGACCAAAAAUAUCCAGGAGCUCCUGAGGGCUGCACAGGAGUUCAAACACGACAGUUUCGUUCCAUGUUCUGAGAAGAUCCACUCUGCUGUCACUGAGAUGGCCUCGCUCUUCCCCAAACGUCCGGCAUUAGAUGCAGUCCACUGCUCACUGCGCCUGCUGGCCUCCAGCGCUUCACGGUUGCAAGUUGAGUGCCGCAAGGCCUCGCCCUCGGAGCCCGGGGCCCCUGCCGUGGACUACCAGCUCCUCACCCAGCAGGUCAUCCAGUGCGCCUAUGACAUCGCCAAGGCCGCCAAGCAACUGGUCACCAUCACCACUCGUGAGAAGAAACAGUGACCCAUGGAUGGAAGGAUGGAUCGGAUGAUGGAUGGAUGGAUGGAGAGAGACAUGGGAGAGUGAGGACAAGGAUCACUGCAUGGACUGGCAAGGGGGGGGCUACUAGGAGAGGAAGAGAAAGAACAAAUGAUCACAGAUGCAGAUGCAAGGAAGGGAGUGGGAGUGCGACUGAGAAAAUGAUGUGGAGUGGAGGAAAGGAAAAUGAAUGGAGGGACAGAACAAAACAGAGAGAGGGUAUGGGAAUGCCAAGAAAACAGGCAGAGGAAAGUAAGAGGGAGAAUUAAUAGUUUAGAUAUUAACACUACAGAGACAAAUGUGUAGGAAAAGGAAGAAUUCCACACAAGGGGGAGGGGUAAACGUGAUCUCUCAAGUACUUUGUCGAACAAAAGUAGGAAAAGACAAGUGGUAGGAUCCAGCAUCAGAAUUACAGCCUGCCACAUCCCAAAAUAAACUGUGUUGGAAUCAGUGAUGUAUAAUAACCGCUUUAACUGUGAUAUGCAAUGGUGGUGAUGUACAGAGAACGUGUCCCAAGAUAUCUCUGCUCUGUUUAUUCUCACCUCACACUUGCCGUCCCUCCCUCUCUCCACUCAUCUUUACUAGUGAGGGUGGAAGUGUAUCCUGUGAGAGAGGUAUAGGGAAUUAGAUUGGUGAAACCUUGAUAUACACCACAUCAUCUCCGUCCGUCCCUCCCUUCGUUCCCUUUUCCCAGAGUGGAGUCGGGAUGUUCCUCCUCUCCUCUCCAGCACGUCCCUAUGCCUCCCUCUCUCUCUCUCCCUCUCUCUCUCUCUCUCUCCAUCCACAUCUACAGAAAACAAGGCCCUGCUGUCUUCUAUCCCGCUCCAGACAGGAUGAGCUGGCGGUGGGGAGAGGGGUCUUCAGGGUGUCCCGCCCCAAGCCCAACCUGGCUCUCAGAUGCUUGCUCCUGGGUCAGCCUUAGCAGAGGGUCCCACUUCUUUCCCACCAGUCUGUGGUUCUCCAGACCCCCUCCAAUAUGCCUCACCUCGAAUUGGUGGUACACAGCAUGACUUGGCAUGUUUUCCUUUCCUUUCCUUCUCUUCUUUUUCUUUGUAUUUUUGUUCUUGUGAAAAUGCGGAUCGAUCUGGUCUGCACCUCUGAGGACAUAAAUUACUGACUUAAGAAAACAAAACACUUACACUGGAAUAAUUGUGAUUUGUUAUUAUUGUUUAUCAUGCCUAUUGUUUUUUUUUGUAUUGAUAUUUUUACUGACUGUCAUCAUGAUUUAACUGUUUAUGUAUGUUUAUUUCAGUGUCUCAAAUAUGAUUCUCAUUCAGUGGAAUAGGGAGACAGCUGGGAGUACGUGCUCAACCUCUGACUGGGGUAGAAACACAUGCACAGACACAAACACACAGAAAUAUAACCUGUGAAAUGGUCCUCAACACUUCUCACGCACUCCUUUUCUUCUCUGGGUGACAGUUGAGUUGGUUUUUUUUAUAUUUUUUUGUUUUGUACAUGUCAUGUUGUGAUAUGUCCUGUGGCCAAGGGGUUGAACAGUUGCCAAAGGGGAAAGGGAGUGGGGGGAUUGUUAUUUUUUAUUUUAUUUUAUUAUUAUUAUUUUUUUUUUUGAUUUUCUGUCAGACUGAAAGUCCCUUGGUGCGCUAUGACAGGACCUUGGUCAGACGGCACGAUCAUGUUUCCUCAACUGUUUUCUGUGCACUUGAUUUACCAUGCAACUUGCCUGAUUUAACAGAGCCAGUGGAAUCAUCUCAGAAUCAAACCCACAUCCAUUCGCUGUGCCAAGCAAGAUGAUAAAAUUAAGUGCGCCAUUUGGUCCAGAUUGUGUAUGAGGAUCAGCCCCCCCCACCCCAUUCUGGCUUUAAGACAGUAUGUCAUUCACACAACAGGCCUGAACAACACAGCAACCAUUAGUUGCAUGCAUGUUGUCAAAUGUUCAGCCACAUAUUAGACUGAUAUAGCAUACCGGUAUGUUGCAGCUAGCUUUACGUAGAUCCGGGCCACAGAAGUCGUGACUUCAAGCUCACCGUCUCUGAACUCUGCCAAUGGGAGACAACAUCGGGAACAAAGAUGUUUUUUUACAAGCAAGAUACCGCACUUAGCCUACUGUAGGUUUAAAAACUUCUUGUACUGUGCCGAACAAAUUUGGCCAUGUCUGUAAACAAGGAUGCAGAUGGGCUGUACUGAGUCCUUUCUAGCAGUUAGCUGAUCUGACUAACUCAAGGACUUCCUGUUCUAGUUUAGAUUGACCUCUAACCCGUCUUCAGUGAUUCUUUGGCUGGUUUCUCAAGGUUUUUGUGGCUGAAAUGGUUGGCUGUUCCUUGCGUUGGUUGACUCUCAAUGCAUGCUCUCAGUGCACAGCAUGUCUGUGUGUUGAAUUUCCUCAAGCGAAACCCUGUCCUCAUCCUUCAAACAGCAACUAUAUGACUGUUCCUUUUUCCUUGUUUUGCUGCCUUCAGCAAGGAUCAGUUACAACUUAACCUCCAAACACUUUGAGAGAUCCAUGCCAAAACACCCACAGCACUUCUGUCUCCACUUUAUUCAUGUUUUAUUUUUUUUCCCUUCCAACCAUCACCUAGGGUCUCUGACUGUCAGUGUUUGUCAGUCAUUCAUCUGGUGUUACGUCCCUGUAGCAAAGGAUUGGUUGGAUGUUUGCUCCGUUCCCUGUCAAAACAAAUCAUGUCCAGAAGACUGUUGAAAUGCAUCAUCGUUAGUGAUAAUGUAUGCCUUUGCACAUCUUCAUCUCCUGUUUGACUGGCUUAGAUACAGUGAUGUUGUACUGUCUGCUGAGAGAACACACAUAAACACAGCACACACACACACACACACACACACACACACACACACACACACACGGGGCCAGUAGAACAGCUUUUGACGACUUGUCCCUUCAAUCAUCGCCCGAGUUCUAGACGAGAACCAUAUAUAUGAACGUAUAUUUUCAUGGUAUAUUUUAUAUUAAGCUAUAUGUUAGGAUUAUGUUUGCAAGUUAUUUAUGUCUGUUGCCAAAGUGUGCUUCAGGCUGUGGGAUCCAUUUACCUAAUCUCCAGUCAGCCCCUAGGUCUUGAUACCCUAUGCACUUGUGAAUACCUUGAUAUGGGUUUUGUGAGUACUGUUAUUCUGUGGUAUCCCCCGGCCACCGCACCUCCCCUUCCAAUCUAGUCUCUGGUUACAAUGUAUGUGUUAAUGAUCCUGUCAGAACAUGAAGCAAAGAGCAUGAACAACAGCGUGGGCUAAGUGUGGCUCAUUUUGUCAUGGUGUGGUAUCAGUUGCACUAUAUUGAAACGCCAGGUGGGUGACAUAGCUUGUAAAUGAUGUUGUUCGCCCACUCAGAGGUCUUGGUGUGCAGGGUUGCAGGACGUUGGGGUCUGAUUUGGAAUGGGGCCAUAGGGAAGGUCUGAAGCGCACUUGGGCUCAGCAGUACAGUCAUCUCAAUCAGUGGGAGGGGAGGAGAAGGGGAAGGGGCUGAAAUGCACAAGGCCUAGUCCUUCCCUGGUUUAGUGCACACUACGUAGGGUGCCUCUAGUGUGAAUGUUAGAUGCUCCUGUCUGUCUGUGUUCAGCAUUUCCACACCAACAAUCCACCCAGAAAGCCGCACACAUUUUUCCAUUGCCUGACACACACACACACACACACACACACACAUCAAGUGGACCAAGCCUUCCACAAGUACAUAUGGAGUGAUGAAAACAUUAAUGAAACACACUUGCAGCCAGUAAACAACACUUUUCACAUUCAAACACACACCUGAUGUCCAGCAGUUGGCAGUGCACUGUGGCCUGUACUGUUGCUGUCCCUGUGUUUCUUCACAGCUCUACACUUUGGGAGAUGGGUGACGGGAGAGUUAUCUUUUAACAGAAGAUGUUAAAAACUGUAUAAAGUAGAGAAAACAAUGACUUUAAAAGGUCAAUCGUAAUGGAAACUCAUAAGCUGUACAUUUGUAAUAAAAUAAUAAAACAAGUUAAUUGUC